AUGAUUCCACGAUUUAAGAAAAACAUGCAGGAGAAGCCAUGGCAAAGCCCACUCCACAGUGGUCAGGGCCACAAACAGGAGCUUUUUCUUCUCAUGGACAUGGCUCCAAGUCAUCCUGAGGCCAUGGUGGCACCUCUUCGGUCAGUUCUGAGGGAAACAAAGCUCUUGUCUUCACCGGACAAGGCAGGAACCUCCGCAGGGGUUACUCUGGUUAUUGAUGUUAAUCAGUGUUUGGAGGAGAAAAAAUCAAGUGAUAUUUUGUCUGCAUUGAAGUCUUCCACUUGUAAGGCAAAUGACGUAAUCCCUGAAUGUGCUGACAGAUACUAUGAUGCCCUCAUGAAGGCAAAAGAGCUCAAAUCUGAAAGUGUGUCUAGUGAAGGUUCAUGGCUCAAACUCACCCUGCAGGACAAGUAUGACUACUAUUACAACACUGAUUCAAAAGAGAGUUCCUGGGUCACACCUGAAUCGUGCAUGCUUAAAGAAUCAUGGCUCAUGGGAAAAGAAAUUGAGGACAUUAUUGAGGAAGUCACGGUAAAUUACAUUCGUGAGAAGAUGUGGUCUGCUUCAGAAGAUUUGCUUCUUCGCUUUCAAGCCACAAGCUCAGGAGCCUCCCUUAGGGAAGAGUUUGAAGCUAGGAAAUCAUUUUUGUAUGAACAAGAAAAGAACGUGGUCAAAAUACAG